AUGAUUUUUAAAAAAGUUGCUAUUUUAUUUGCAUUUGGUGCUACUGCUGUCAAAGGUUUGUAUUCUAACAAUACUGCUACUCUUACAACUAACUCUAACAUCUUUGGCACUACAACCAUUACACCAGAUUAUUCUGUUGAACCGGUUGAAAAUGUGUCUACUUACGCUGAUUCUACUACUACUUUUUAUGUUACCAAUACGAUUUACAAGACUUAUUAUUACACUAAAAACCCCAUUGUUUCUGGUACCAUGACUUCUUCUUCGUUCUCAACAAAUCAUGAAACUAUUGCUUCAACCAAUGCUGCUGUGACCAACGCUCCUUCCUUUAUUGAUAGACAAGUUGCAAAUGCUUCUCCAACUAUGCCAUUAUAUACCAACUCUACCACUGUAAACAUCGACCACACCACCACUACCAUCACUUCUACUCUCUUGACCACAGUGAUUAGUUCAAUUCAUAACAGUAACACCAACAAUAAUUCUACUUUAAGAUGUGUUCCAAAGACUGAAUAUGUUACUAUAACUGCUUUUCCAGAGGUUCAAUAUGUUACUGUCACUGAAGACGCCAAAACAUCAUAUGUAACUAUUACAAUUCAACCUACUGGUGCAUUCUGGUCAAAUUCUACUGUUGUUAACUAG